GCGCUAUUAAUAACGUAAUUGCUGCGGAGCGAGCGAGCCUGAAGCGAGCGAGCGUAGCAGCAGUCUAAUUGGCGUAGUAGGCAGUGAAAAGCAAAUUUUUAGGGUUGCGUUGCAUUGUGGUUGUGCGCAGUGACGCAGUUGUAUCAGGCCUGUUUGUAUGCGCAGUUGUGCACAAAUUAAUCUCACGUUUCAGUGACAUGGAUUAAAUACCAAUAUGGAUUAAAACUUAAAAGUCAGGCGUCCAAGUCUGGAAGAGGCAAGACGACGAUGCCGAAGGGUCGCCGAAUACAUCAAAGGUGGAUUGCCCUGCAGAAGGAGUCACUUACAUUUUUAUUUUGUUAACUUUAGAGUUUAGUCCAGACCCUGUUACACGAUGCAAUUUUUUUGCAACUUGCAAUACAACUCUACUCUUGAGAAAUGUAAAAUGCCAAAGUACGUGUUUUGCGUUGAUAUUUUUCCAAUCCAUAUGGCAUAUCUUCAUUGACUUUACUGAUUACAAGCAGAAUUCCAAGUUGCAAGAAAAAUUUCACCAUAACACGUCAUUUGUUAAAUUAGUUGCGACCUGAUCGUGUGACACAUAUUUCAUAAAUUUCAACGCUUUUGUAAUAUUUUUUUUAACAAUUGUACAGUUUUGCCAAUCCUGUUCUUAUAUGAUAUUUGGUUCAAUUUGUUUUUAAUGCCCGCAGCAAUCCCUACCUUGCAGGUAACCUAGUUAUAUAGGGUUAUAUAGGGUUUCAAUCGCACGUGACGUCAGUAACAUAAUCGAAGUUUAAGACGAGGACGUGGGGAGUUAUGGAGCAGUGUGUGAUAGUGAAGUGUGACGUGAGCAGCCCGUGCGCUUAUUGGGAUUUUGUGUUAUUGGAAUAAAUUGUGAUUGCGUCGAAGAUCACAUCUUGGCGAAGGUAGCAUUUUUGACAAUAGCACAUUGGUAGAUGUUUCUAAAUUAUGCAACAAAUGAACAAAAUAUCCCGUAUAGCAAGCAAAUAAAAUUAUUUUGCAUGAUUUUCUCGCGUUAGAUAAACUGAUUUAAUUUCAAUAAAUCAUCGCGCGAAUGUGUAAUGCAUAGCAUGCAUAAUGCUCCAUCAUAGGCAGCCCAAAUAUGCGUGAUAAUUUCUACGCGAGAAAUUUUUCGGCAAUUUGUCAACAUGGUGUAGUUAACAAAUUGCCUAAAAUUUUUUCACGUUCAAAUUAUUAGACAUGUUUGGGCUGCCUAAGAUUUCAUUGUUGAGUGUAUACUGUGCGUGCUUCAGUUAAGAGAAGAAUAAUAUUUUUAUACGACCGGUGCAUUUGAAAAUAUUUGACGGACAACCCGAAAUAUGGUUCCCAUCUUGAACGAAUUAAUUUUCUUAUGAAAUACAACCAGAACAUAUCAAAUUCUGAUAUGGCUUUCCUGUAGCUAAUAAAACUUGUUUCAUAGUUUACCCAAUUUUACCAGUUUUUAAGCUGUCAAUAAGGCCGAGCACGAAUGAAAUUGGUUCUGGUAUUUUGCCGUGCCGAUAAAUUCAGUGUAGUGUAAACGGGGCUUAAAGGUAUUUUGUCAACUGGGUAUUUUGAAUGAGCCUUCAGGAUUAUUGGAAUGCGCCAAUCUUAGGUGUUUGUCUAUGGAAUAGCUUCUCUCCAAGCCUGUUAACGAGUUUUCGUCGAAUUCGAUUAUAGAAUUUGCCUUGGAUAGAAAUGUUAGUAGUUCCUCAAAAAGAAGCUUUUGGGAAAAUAAAGCCCCGUGGUACCAAUCUCGAAACUAGAGCCCGGGAUCCAGGGGACCCUAAAUGUACUAGAAAUAGUACUCUAGAGAAAUAGUACCUAUUUUCUAGAAAUAGUACCCUAGAAAUUUACUAGAAUAGUACCCUAAAUGUAGCCGGUACCAGGUGCGACGACCAUACCUAUAUAUGGUCGCGAGAGAAAUGAGAAAAAUUUAUCUCGCCUUUCUGGUCAGCGACAAAAAUCACAAAAUCCUAGGAGCGUAUUCAAAUUUUGUGCUUCUUCAAAUCUGUUAUUUCAGAUGAGCGUCAAAUCAGUGUAUAAAUUCUGUAAUAUAUUACACACUGUUCAACACCACUGUGUUCAUAGAGUGAAUAAAAGAUAUUUUUAUUUUAUACUCAGUCUCUGCGACUUGGUGUCAAAGUCUAAGCGGAAGUCACGGUUUACAGGUCACGCCAUCGCCAACACACCGGAACAAACAUUAUCGGAUGCCAUCCUUUCGCUUUUUCCUUAGAAUUAGAAAUUUACAAAAAGUUUAUGGAAUUUCUCUUUUUUAAUACUUUUUUAAAAGACCUUUCAAGGUCUUGAAACAAAGUUUGAAAAAACUCUUGUUGAGAAAAGUCCAUAGAUUUGGGAAAGGCUGUUGUAAGUGCAAGUGAAAUUAAGAAAUUUUAGACGAAUCCCAAGGAAUUUGUCAGAUCCAAGCAAGGAAUAUCAAAACUUGAUCGCGAAAAGCACUACACCGGAAGUAAAUACUCUUGUCUCUUCAAAGUUAACGUCUGUUUACCUCUCGUGAUAUUCAUCAUAUCUGUGAUCAUACGUUGCAUGAAAUAAAACGGAUUGCCUUCAUUUUUACUUAAAAAUAAGGGAAAGCUAUUCAACUUCCUUUCCUCAUUAAAAUUUUGUUUUAUUUAUGCGGUUUUUGCCCGACUGGUGUUACGAUUUAAUUAGUUUAAACUUCGUUGGCUUGGCGACUUUAUGAAGCGACUCAAUACGAGCGUGAGGGAUCGAAAGUGGAAAAAAGCAAUGGAUUGCGAUGACACUCCAACAAUAUCCAUGGAUUAUUUGCCUGAAGAAGACGAACCUACGUGUUCAUCAGUCAGAACGUCUGCUAAGUUGGAUCAUCAAAGUUUGUCAACUUCCGAAAGGGCUCAAAAUCUUAGCGGUUCGAUGGAGAGUUUGGCUUCGGCAACAGAUGUUGGAUGUUCUCGCAUAUUAGGAGAUAUUCAAGCGGGAUUACAAGCGGACAUUAAUGCUGCCAAGGCAUUGCUUGGUAGAGGAGAGGAGAACUUGCAAGUAAUGUUUCAAAAUGUCAAGGAGCGUAUUCACGUGAAGGAAGCCGCUGAGCAAGCGGAACGUUUAGCACGACAAGUAAUUGAAGUUGGAAAACGAGGAUGGCGUGUCGUGGCACACUGGGAGCUACCAGAAUGGCUUCGAGAUAAUGAUUUCAUUGAUCACGGACAUCGACCUCCGUUGGAAUCAUUUCGACUGUGCUUUAAAAGUAUUUUUCGCAUUCAUACAGAGACUGGAAAUAUUUGGACACAUUUACUUGGAUUCAUUGCAUUUGUGUGCGUCACAUUGUAUUUUUUCCUACGACCUGUGUCGAUAACGAAUCCUUUCCCAAAAGACGCAACGGAGAAAGUUGUUUUUGGUUCGUUCCUUGGUGGGGCAUUAUUCUGUCUUGCUUUCUCCACGCUUUACCAUACGAUGGACUGUCACUCGGACAAGAUCUCGAACCUAUUUAGCAGGUUGGAUUACACUGGAAUAGCGCUCUUGAUCAUCGGUUCAUUUAUUCCUUGUCUUUACUAUGGAUUCUAUUGCUAUCCGAAAAUUAAGAUUGUCUAUAUAACCAUGGUUUGUUUUCUUGGAUUGUGCUGUAUAUUUAUCUCCCUGUGGGAGAAGUUCAACACGCCAAAAUACAGAAUUAUGCGAGCAGUUGUGUUCGUUAGUCUCGGCUGUUCUGGCAUCAUUCCUUGUGUCCACAUUCUGAUCGCACAUGGUAUUACGAUUGCAUUGACGCAAGCAUCCAUGGGUUGGCUUAUAUUAAUGGGUAUAUUAUACCUUACCGGUGCUCUGCUAUACGCAACCAGAAUUCCAGAGCGUUUUUUUCCAGGAAAAUGCAAUAUUGUGUUUCAAAGUCAUCAGAUUUUUCACAUACUGGUUGUGGCAGGAGCAUUCGUCCAUCUUCAUGGUGUCUGCCAGAUGGCUUACUAUAGAUAUACAGUUGGAACAUGUCCUAGUUAGUUUCUAUGAUGCAGAAAAAUGUAUGUAAAUAUAAAUCGGUUUAUAUUAUACUGUUUGUAUAUAAAUGGCUAUAUCAUUAUAAGAAUUCGACAUAAUAAUUUUCAAUCGCCUGCAAAGCCUAUGGUUUUCAAUCAUAUACAGUGUAAUUCAUCAUUUAUAGAUGAAAAGCCGGAUUAUUAUACUGCCGGGUUUUCGAAAAAACAGCAACCGCGGAAUUUCCCAUGCACAUUGUUUUCUGUGCAUGCAUGAAAGAAAUUCUUGUCAAUUGAGUAUAGAAGAAAGUCCCUUGAAAAAAAUUCUAGUCGAUUGUAUGCAGGAACGUGAGACUAUACCAUUCUUCCCAGAGAGUUCUGGACAUGGGAAAUAACGUAAAGUAAUGACCUAUAGUUAAUCAAUUUUUAUUCAUGCUUCGUAAACUGAAGUCUAUUGAGUCUAAUUUUUAAAACUGAAAGUCUUUCAUUACUGCACAAUGCACUAAUUGCUACACAUAAUUUUUGUUUUCCACGCGUGUUUCAGAAUUAUUUUUUAUCAUUUCAUAUCUUAUAAUACUUAAAAAAUAUCCAAAACUGUUUUUUUUAUUCGCCCUGGAACUCUGUCUCUCGGGCGUGAACGUUUGGGCUUGGAUAUUCAAAAGUUAGACUCGAAAUUUAGCUCAGUGGAAAACCGCCCUAAUGCUGCUUUUCGAGUUUUUAGUUUGUUCAUAUAGCUAUAAUAUAUAGUUGUGCCCUCUUAAGCGUUUGAAAGUUAUUCAAAUUUUUGCUCUGAUUGUGCUCUGAAAACAAAAAGAAUUUACAAACUUUGUUCACCCACCCAGCUUCUUUCAUAUUUGUUGCUCAUCUUUUACCAAACACGCGUUGUUUCACCUUUGGGGCCGGUUGUAUAAAACAUUGUAAACUAGAUUUUGAGUAGUGAAAUUGUAGUUAACUUAAAAAUACACGAUUCCGAUUGGCCAAUUCUGUCACUAACCUUAGUUAACUACCCUUUUAUACAACCGGCCCCAUGCAGGAAUUUAAAUACCUUCUAACACAGUAAAGUAACACAUAAAAUAUACGCUUUAGCCUUUACCUUUUUCUGAAUGAUUAGUGAUAAUUAAAAAAGGAUGACCUUAGAAUAGUUCAAAAGAUGAGUAAUUUAUACAAGGGGUCUUGUUUGGGACACGCUGUAAUUCCUUCAGGUAGACCUAUUUCUUCUUCUGAUAAUUGAAAGGCUGUGGUAGGGUGGUCUAAGAUGUACCUAUAUUAAGAUUAGCAUGAAUAUAUUUUUUGCCAUGCAGGCGCAUAAAAUUUUUUAUGUAAUAAUUUCGAGUAAUAAUUUCUUUCUUAUAAGAAGAACAUUGACAAUUAUUCAUGCAAGGCCGUAUAUGAAAACCAUGUUUAAUGAAAUGAUAGAAUAUUAUUUAGAAUCUAGUUCAUAGAAACAUUAAAUUGUAGUUAAAUAUGACAGGUGUAAAAUACAGAUUAGGGUCAUAUAUUAAAGUCAGUGGUGUACCAGCUCAAUCAUUGGAGGAGCGUAUUCAUAUAUUACAAUGUUUUGCUGUCGUAAUUUUAUAUUAAAAUCGAUUGCCGUCAACGACAGUGGACAAUAUAUAUAAAUAUGGGUCUCGGAUUAUUGAGAUAGCUUUACGCCACUGCUGGAAAUAACUGUAUAUAACUAACCAAAUAAUAUUGUUUUAGGGGAUGAUGUAAUUCGGGAAAAAAUUAACAAUUGUGAGAAAGAAUGUGAAUAAACUUGAACUCAUUAUCUUAGCUGAGGUGUAAGUGUGUUUUAUUC